GUCGCGCAAGACUCUCGAGGGGCUCGCGCGCCGCCCCGUUCUAGAGGGACGGGCCAAUAAGCGGGCUGGCCUUGAACGUGUCCCAACGGCAGCCGCGCGCGCGUCCGCCCGCCCCUCUGAGGCCCCACCUUCCCAAGGCGAGGGAGCCUAUGGGCUGCGGGGCUGCCGAGUGGGCGUGCCCUGUGAAUGGCUGCCGCCGCCACCGCGAAAGUGGAGCUGAGCGCGAGCGGCGGGCGCGGACUGAGGCAGGCGGAGGGAUGGUCGGGUGGGAGAAAGGGCUCCGGAUCCGCUUCGAGCCCGGCAGGUGCUGGCUGGAGGAGGUGAGGCAGAGCUGGCGGCUUUGGGCCUUCUUCCCCUCCCUCCCCUCCCUUCCUUCUCUCCGCGGGAGGUAAACAGAUACUAGCCGCGCCCCCUGAGCGGGGUGGGGCGAACCGAGGUGGGGCCGCUGCUGCUCGGGGGUCUGGGAAAGCUUUGUAACCGCCAGCCCAGCCCUGCAGGGUAGGCCUCCGCUUGGGUGUUAAGAAAAAUCCACCCCUGGGUUGAGUGGCACUAACUUACUCCUUACGAUCCCAAACACAACUUACCUGAGAGCAGCCUCCGUCGAGCUAAGAUGGGGGAAGCCUCAGGGCAAUGGUGAUAAUACAAUAAUCCGAUUUUAGGUGUCCCACUGUGCGCAACGGGAUUUACUUUCAGGCAGUGCUUUUUAUCUUGUUUAGGGUUACUCUCAUUUUGACUCCAGAAAAUCACCAUUUGACAGGCCAAAUCGGGAAAAAUAAAUACAAUAAAUGGACAAAAGUACAAAGAUUCACAAAAUGUUUAGGGGUAUGCGUACACCCCCAAAAGUACUUCUUUCUGUUGUAAUCACCACCCCCAAGGCCUUAUUGCUGGGCUGGGAAAGGGAGGGCGAAAUGCACGCUUCAGAUGUUGCCUGCCUGAGAGGAAGCCUCGCUCAUCGUAGUAGGAUUUUGCUCCAAGAUCAGGAUCAGUUUGUUAAAAUGUUUUCCAUGCCCUCUGUCUUAAGUAAAAUAAAAUAAAAAUUCGUGGGAUUUCUGACCGUUAAGAUGCCCAGUGUGGGUUGCAACAGCAGUGGGAUCCUACAGCAAUUAAAAGCAAAUAAAACAAUACAAAACCAAAACUGGAAUAACAGCUUGUCACUGGUCUCUCUCUGUAACUAACAGCCCCUUCCCUGUGCUUGUAACUUGGAGUGGGGGAGGUGGAAUGGGGAACUAGUCAUUCAUCCCCCGCCCUCUUUUUAAGUAUUUGAUUCUGAACCAUGCCUGUGAUGUACUUCCUCACAUAGCUGGAAAUUCCACUUCAACCCACAUAUUUGAAAGAAUAUUUAUUUUGAUCAUUCCAGUCACCAUUUUUGCUAUGCAAAGAAGCUUACUAAAUUAGCUGCCUGGGAAUUAGCCUUUUGCUGGAACAAUUGUAAACAUUAUCUUUAUUUAUACGAUAUAUUUAAACAGUCCCUUUUAAUGCAAGUCAGUUUCUGUAAACAAUAGUAAGAUAUGUCCUUCUGAUGCUAGAAGUGUAAAGCUUGGCGCUAUAAACAAUCUAAGGUUGUUGUCUUCAGUAUACUAUGGGCUGUUUGUGCAGUCCUGUGCAUGCUUCCUUGGCAUAAGUCCCAUUGAACUCAGUGGGGCUUGCAUUGGAGUAGACUCACACAGAAGGUCCCCUAAAGCCUUCUAAAACAAAUACUAAACUAUGGAUUAAGUUUUGUUAAGAAUAUAGAAGAUAACCAUUUUCUUUUUUUACAGGAGGAUGUUGAUACGCCAAACAGACGUGUUCUGAUUACUGGUGCUACUGGGUUGCUUGGCAGAUCUGUGUAUAAGGAAUUUAAAGGAAAUAAUUGGAAUGCUGUCGGUUGUGGGUACAGCAGGGCUCGACCAAUGUUUGAGCAAGUUAAUCUUCUAGAUACUACUGCUGUUCACAAUGUCAUCCAGGAUUUUCAGGUGAGAAUGGUGGAAAGAAGGAUAAAGCGGCGAACCACCAUGUUUCGCUGAAGGUUUCUUCAGCAAAUUCAUGUUAGUUGGUCACAUAAAGUUUUACUGAUUAUUGAUGUCCACUAUCUAUCACAGCAAUAUUUAGCUUUGUUUAUGUAUUCCCCCCCCCCCCCCGCUGUAAUCUCUGAUGCAACCCUUGGUGCACCUUCUGUAUAUGAGGUACAUGAUAUGAGGAAAACUAGUGUGCAGGAAAGUAGCUAUAUACUAGUAGUCUAGUAGAACCUAGAAAGCCUUCUUUAGAAUAACACUGCAGAAUAAGUUGGGCUUCUCACUUAGAGAGUGAUUAGGGAAUUCCUUUCUUUUGGUUAUGCAAAUUGCAUGCACAAGAAAAAUGGGGAAAAGAGCACCUCCAAUGAGCAAAGCAAACAAAGGAGACGGAAGGCUCCUGUAUUCACUGAUAUAAGAACUAUUUUAUUUUCGCUCACUGUGUUUCAGAGUAUAAGGACUCCUUCUAGAGCUUGAGAAAUGUUAAAGUUUGCCAAAAAAUUUAAAAAAAAAAUUCUUCAUAUCUAAACCGCUGCAGAAACAGCUUAAAGAAAUGUCUGAGCAAAAAAGAUGAUUUUCUUUCUCCGCAUCUGUGUUGAGCCUUACAACUUAGUCAGAGAUGAUCUAGAGUAAAUUUGCACUUUAGAUGUGGUUUACUCCAUGGGACUAUUUUCUGCUAGCUUUCCAUGAACAGUGUGGAUUUGGUACAACUACUUGCUUGUUCUUUGCUCAUUAAAAUGGGUGUUUAAUUUCCAGCCUCAUGUGAUAAUACAUUGUGCGGCUGAGAGAAGGCCAGAUGUUGUAGACAGUCAACCAGAUGCUGCUUCUCAGCUCAAUGUGGCUGCUUCAGGGAACAUAGCAAAAGAAGCAGGUAAAAAAGGUUUGGUCUGAAUUUCUUCUCAGGAUGCAUAAUUAUCUUUUAUGUGUCAUCAUAAGUAUGGGUUAUACACCUGAACUUAAAGAAUUCUUACCACAAGAAAUGUAUCAUUAGCUGUUUGAGUAACAUGCAUUGAUGGAGGCCUCGGAUAGCCGGAACUGGCUGCCAGCUGUUGGAAUCAAAUUCUGGGUUAGAAAUACUUAGGUCUUUCACAAUCACGUAAAUAUUUGCUGUUUGUGUGUUUUAAAUUCUUGGAGAGAAUAAAGAUAAAGAGAGUAACUGCUUUGUAUUUACAUCUCUUCAUAUUGCUUUAAUUUAUUCUUUUUAUAGCUCAAGUAGGAGCAUUUUUGAUCUACAUUAGUACGGACUAUGUAUUUGAUGGAACAAAUCCUCCCUAUAAAGAGAAUGAUGCACCAAAUCCCCUAAAUCUCUAUGGGAAAACUAAACUAGAGGGCGAAAAGGCAGUUUUAGCAAACAAUGAAGGUAAGUGUCAAUUUACAGCUGGUAAGGUUUUCUUUAACAGUUAAGGCUUGAAAUCUUUUACUGGAUUUCCAUAAAUAGGAGUAAAUGGAUUUGGAAGUUCAAUUUUAUUUUAUUUUCAAAAUAAGAAACAUAUUUUAAAAUGGGGAGGGGGUUUAAAAGGAAGCUGUAGAGAAUAAUUAGAAUCAAGUCUCUUUAUAAAGUUUUGAGAUUAUGUAAAACCAAUAUAACAGAAGGUCAGAUAAAAUGUAUACCACUGAGUUGAAAUGGUAAGAGAGAAUGGUAGCAUUGUUAAUUAAUUGUUGAGGUUGAGGUUAGGGGUAAGGAGCAGAGGAAGCUAUAAAAGUCUUCCUUUUUUAAAAAUAAUAAUUUGAAAACCUUGUUGAGAGGGGAACAACUAGGCACAAACUCUAGCAAGACAAAUGAAAUUUGAGAAUAAAAAGUGGUUGGAAUUCAGAACACCUGUCAUUUCCAAAUAACUAGAGGUAGUUCUUUAGUGAAUUUCUUCUUACCCCUUUCAUUUGCACCUCAUAUCAAUCCAUCAAAGAUUAUACAGUCGUAUCUCCACUUAUGUAUUCCUCCGGUUACGUAAACUUUGGGAUUCUUAAGCGGCAAACCCGGAAGUAUAUUUUCAGGUUUUUGCCGUGCAUGUGUUCGCAGAAGUGGUCUCUCUGGUUGCAAAAAUCUUGGGAUCUGGCUGGACCUCCGGUUAUAGAUCCCAUCCGCAACCAGAGGUACCACUAUGCUGAGAUUUGAACUUCUGCAAGACUUGCUAAAAUAGAGUAGAUGAUGACAAAAGCAAUACUGUUAGUGUGCCAAAGGCAAUAAUGAUGCAUGUUCUCAAGUUGCUCUCUGGUAACUUCUGUUGGGUGUCAGAAUGGCCACAGCAGCUUUCACCAACUUCCAGCUGUGCUGGUCGGAGCUGGUGGGAACUGUAGUCCAACAACAUGUGAAGAGCAAGGCUAUAUGUUUUGUAGUGGCAAACUAGAUGAUCACCUCAGUUUCCUAAGUGAUUUGUAUUGGUAUUGGUGGCCUAGAAGCUGAGGAUUCUAUUUAUUUAUUUGUUUUCUUUACCAAAUGUACUGGACACCCAAUGGCUAUUGUUCUGUGAGUGUUGUACAAAAGGUGGUGGGGAAAAUUAAAACAACAUACAGAAACAUUCAUUACCUACUGUACAUUAAUGAGUAUCAGGAAGUCAUGCUUGACAAAACUACAUAAGAAAGAAAGGAGCCAUAAAGUUUGGGGCCAUAUGAGAAUACAUCACUGGGAGGUCUAACUAAGGGUUUAUUCCAUUUCUUAUUUAUCCUAACUGCUCCUUUUCAGUGUUUAAUGUCAAGGCCAAGGAAAUUCCCAAUCACUGCCACCUGCUGGCAACUCUCUGCUAUUUAUCUUGCUUUUUAUUUUGCCUCAUUUUAUAGUUUUAGAGCUUGGUACUGAAAGGGAGAUUAAAGGCCUGUGUGCUAAAGGGAAGGAGUAAACUGGGUAUGGGGAAAUUGUUGGGGAGAAAAGAAAAUAGGAUUUUUGGAGGGGCAUUGAAGAAAAGAAAGAGCUUGAAAAUCAUACAUCCAGAGUAUUAUGCACUUUUCUGCUUACUCCAUCUCAGAAGUCAAAAUGUAGUGCUGUAAAAGGAGCAGUAAAAAUGUCCAGGGGGUUAGCACACCCUCCCUAUGCAGAAAAGCUAAACUAUUUGGUGGGAUUUAGUUUAGCAAAAAUGACUACUGUGAUCAGGAUGGAGGAACAUGACACAGGCUUAUUAAUUACAAAUGAUGAGAGAAUUUAUACAGAGAGAUUUUUUUCCUCCUCCCCAAAAUCUGUGAUCUCUAGAUUAUCUAGUGAAACUGAUUAAUAACAGAUUCAGGACUAAAACUAUUUCCAUGCACAGGGAGAAAUUCAACAUAGCACUGAGCAGCUGCUGGGCAGUAGAGCCAAAGCCUGCUGAAUUUCCUGUAUGUGGCACUUUGAAGUCUCAAUUUUGGGGCUUCAAAGUGCUCAAUCACCUGAUAGCAUUGUCAUGUCAGGUGACUGAUGGAUGGGUAACCCCACUCAUCUGUCAAAUUUGGCCUGCAAGGCUAAGAUCCCUGAUAAAAGUUCUCACCUGGAGAGCUGAAAAGAUUCCUAACCCUUUUUAAGGAUUGUACAGAGCAAUAGAGUUCAUUGGCUGGGUAAUCAUUAGAAACAAGCAGAUCCCUGUCAUCUGUAUUGUAUAGUGAUACUAUUAGCUGAAUCCAAAGCCUCUGUUUAGACAAGUUGACUCGUCCCAAUUGGAUCCAACUUCUGUUUUAAAAAUGUGGAUGUCAGAUUUCUCAGUUGUUAGGAAUGGUAGGUGGAGGGAUACAUGAUAGCGAGAACUCACUGAAUGGCUACCAGAUUUAGCUCACCAGUUUGCGUGCAUUCAUGUAAUGCAGGGCUGACUGAGAACAGGUAACUCGCAACUUACACACAUUUUACUUGCACACAUUCAGCUUUAUGCGCUUGGCAAACAAAGGGCGCAAGCAUCCAGGGAAAAAAGACACUGGCAAUCCCACCCGCCAUUGACCCCAUGUGAAGUCUAUGUGAAUUAGGCUUUAUGUGAUAUCCCCAGAAUAUAAUUCCUACAUAACUUGAAAAUCACCUGUAAUGAGUGUUUGCAGUCAUUUUGUUGCUUACUUUGGGUUGGUAGUUAACUGCAGGUUUGUUGUAGAACAUUCUCAUAUACUGGUGACACAGGAUUUCAAGGAGAAAAAAUUAGUUUUAUGAUGGGGUAACAGUAGAUGUUGACUUAUACCAUUAUUUCUUUCCUACUUAUCAUGUGGAUCCUGGGCAUCUUUUCUAUUGCAUGGUAAGGUGUUUUUGAUGUAAUUUAGCACUUCUUCCUUGCAUAAGUGUACAUAAUCUGAAGUUUUCAUCUGAAAUCUUCACACCCACCGAGAUUUAUUCUCUUUUCCACAUAAGUAGACUUGCCUUUUCAAGGGAGUGAAGUGUCUUGUAAAUAGUUCAAAGGUGGUUUAAUUUUCUUUUCAGAGAUGAGCUGAGGAAUUUUCAUUGUACCUGUUCAUAAAUACAGCUUUGUAUUCAUAGCUUUUCUCAUCUUCUAGGUGCUGCUGUGCUUAGAAUUCCUAUUUUAUAUGGAGAGGUUGAAAGGUUGGAAGAGAGCGCUGUGACAGUUAUGUUUGAUAAAGUGCAAUUCAAUAAUAAAUCAGCCAAUAUGGACCACUGGCAGCAGAGGUUUCCCACCUAUGUCAAGGAUGUAGCCAGUGUUUGUCGACAGCUAGCAGAGAAGAAAAUGUUGGUGAGAUAUUCUUAAAAUAAAUUUCAGCCAGGAUUUUUCGGACUACUUCACAUAUUAUCAUAUGUGUAAAAUUGUAGUAGUACUAGUAGUGAUUCUGUGUUUUUAUGAUGUAUUCAAGAUUUCAAAAAUACUGUGGGCUGUAUCCAGUGGUGCCUUCACACUAAUGGAUGACUUCUGUUGCAAGGACAUGGUUCCUAUUUUCACCAAUGCGUCCCGUCCCCCGUCCGACCCCCUGUUGCAGUCCUCUAUGUGAUUCCAUCUGGACCAGAUGAUGCUGUGCAAGUGACUGGACACAGUGAUGGGCUGGAUGAUAGCCAGUAAUAAACAAUUAUGAUAAGAUGGGGGCUUUGUGGGUAGGUGGUUCCUAGGUUUGGGAAUUAAGUAGAUAACCUGUUCUGGUCAGGGUAGUACUCCUCUUAAAGAACAGAUGGGUAGUCGGGGUUUUUUCCUGGUUUGCAAACUGUCACUAGAGGUUAGAAUUGGAAGGGAUCCUGAGGAUCAUCUAGUCCACCCCCCUGCAGUGCAGAAAUAUGCAGCUGCCCCAUACAGGGAUCAAACCUGCAACCUUGGUGUUAUCAGCACCAUGCGCUAACCAACUGGUUUGUGUGGCCUCCAUGGUAAGGAAUGCUUGUGCCCACCUUUGGCUGGUUUGCCAGCUAUAACUGUUCUUGAAUUGGGAUAAUCCAGCUACAGUAGCUCCUGCUAUAAUAACCUCCUGAUCUGAGUAUUGCAAUGUGUUCUACAGAGGCCUUCCUUUGAAGAUGGUCUGGAAGCUGCAAAAGAUGCAGAAUGCCUCAUACUGUUUCUUUACGGUGGUGAGAUGGGGUCAUGUUACACUGAUCCUGGAAACACUUCUGGCUGCCCAUGAAUUGCCUGGCUUAAUUCAUGGUACUGGUGUACAGAGCACUGAAUGGCUGAGGACCCAAGUACUUGAAUGAAUGCCUUCCUCAGUACCAGUAAACCAGGCUUUGAGAUUUGCAGGGGAAGGUUGCUUGCCAUGCCUCUGGUAAAUAUGGCCUGGGGGAGGGCACAGUAUAUGAAGAAGGGUCCUCUCAGUGGCAGCAGCCCACCUGUGCAACUCUGUUCCUGUUGAAAGGAGAUUGUUCCCCAGGUGCCAGUUUAAGACCUACUUUUUCCAGCAAGCUGUAGUAAUCUAUUGCUUACCAGCAUAUUGUAUUCUAUAUUUUAUUUUGCAUUGAGGUUUCAACUUUUAAUGUUGCAUUUUGUUGUUGUUGUCAUGAGAGGAAGGGAAAGCUGCAAGAACUAAUAAUAUUUCCCACUGUUUUUGAGCAUCCAGAACCCUACGGGGAAGCUUUUGGAAGGCAUGGGGGUGCACUGGGUAUAUGCCCCGCUUUGCACAAGGGGAAGUGUUUGUGCUAUCACAAAGCUACCAUUGGGUACAACCCUAUGUUAACUGUUACAACUAGUCUUGAAUACUGUAAGAGUGGGCAGGGUGGUGGUGCUCAGCUGACCUCCCAUUGCCCAUGUUGCUGUUGCUUACCUGGAAGUAAAGGAGAAGGGGGCAGCUAGGACAGCCCAGUGGAGAUGCACUAGCUUCACCUCCCCCAUCCAUUUUGCAGGCAAGCAAAAGCAAUUCAGGCAACAGGAAGUCAGGUGAGCAGCCUCGCCCUACUAACCAGUACUUUUUGUAACAUUCCCUCUGAAUGCAGUAACAUAAGAAGCACUAUUCUGUUCAGAAGAAGGCUAGAUUGUGAUGUGGUAGGCAUUAUAGAAACGAUAGAUGGGUUGAUAUUUUGACUGGAAUUUUUACCAGGGACUAGAAGAAUGGUGGCGGUGGCAAAGGGGGAUUAUUUUUUGGGUCAGUAAAUGUGCUGGUGGCAAGAAAGUAUGAUCUAAGGUGGACCUCUGAGGUUAGAGUGCAGGCAUUCUCUGAGGACACAGCUACAUGCUGCUUGGGUGGGGUUCAGUUUUGCUUUGGCAGCACAUUCACUGUGGAAAACAUGCUGUCAAAGCAUCUGCUCAUCAGCUGGUAAGUCGAGAGUUCAGUCUUGCUAGGUGCUGGUUCACCCAGAACAGUAUGUUCACGGUGGGAGGAGAUGGUUCCUUCAGGUAAACAAAACUGUUCACACUGACAGAGCAAUCUUCUUAGUGCAGUAUUGAAUUCCUCUGUAGGAGGAAUGCAUAAGCUGCUGAUUUAAUGCUGACUAUACUAGGAAGUUGCAUUCAGGUGCAUGUAACCUUCAGAACACUUGCCAGGGUUUUUAAACUAAAGGUAGUUCUUCCCCCUGCCCUUCUGUUGACCUUGCAUCAUGAUAGCUUUAUCUUGGAAUGAGAGGUGAUAUUGCAGUAGAAAUGCUUGGCAAGCAAGUUCUAGUCAUUGCUUAUACACAAGAGAUUAUAAUUGCUCUAGAUUGUGGCAGUCUUUUCAUAUAAACAUAGAAGAGUAAGAUGUGUGAAGUUUUGCUUUCUAAAGGAAGAAAACUGCCGCCCAGAUUUUUAUUUUAUUUUAUUUAUUUUUUUACAAUACUUGGUUGAACUGAUGUAGUUCUAGGGGGGAAAAACCCUCAGUAGUUGAGUGAAAUAGAGUGCAAUAGAGAAGUGGAGAGAGAUCUGGUGGAUUACUGUUUUUAAAAGAAUAAUUGGCCUUGGCUUGAUCCAGCAACGUAAUGAUUUUGUUCUUAUGUGGACAGAGAUUUGCUUGAAAUGGAACACAAAUCCUUUUUCAUAGCAAAGCUACUACUCAAAGAACUGUGGAAUAUAGAAAAGAGCCAGGGAUAUUGAGCUUCUUGUUUAGUAUAAUAUUCCAAUAACAUGGUUAUGAACAAGGUGGUUCGCUGCUGUUGUGUUUUCUACACAUUUUCUGAAAUAACCACAUGGCUAAACAAGUAGUUCUAUAGGGGGGACAAAAUAUAAGAAGGCAUAUAGAAAAAAAAAGAUUGCUCUUUGAACAAAUCUAAGAGUGAGCUAAAACUGAAUGUUUUUACUCUGCAGAAAAACACAAGGCUGGGAAUUGCAAUUAGGCAGAAUAUUUAUUUAUGGAAAAAUAAGUUCUCUUUGAGUUAGGGUGGCAAAAUUGUCAUGAUCAGCUUUAGAAUGAUCAUAUGUGAAAUUCUCUGUUUUGCAAAAACUUAUCUGGGUGAUCCAGAUAUGUUAGAUUGACUUAAAGCUUGCUUUUCAAGUUAGCCUUAAAGGGAAUGUUCUCUAGCUUUGUUUAUGGUGUUUUCUCUGUAUUUAUUUAACACCGUAAAAUAAACAAGAACAUAAACUUUGUAUACUUCUCUUUUUCCUUAGGAUCCAUCAAUAAGAGGAACGUUCCACUGGUCUGGUAAUGAGCGGAUGACUAAAUUUGAAAUGGCAUGUGCUAUGGCGGAUGCUUUCAAUCUUCCCAGUAGCCACUUGAGACCAGUAAGUCAUAGUGUAUAACCCCUGACACAGAAAGAAAAAGGAAUGUGCAAGAAAAACUCUCACAAAGUUUUAUCAAAGGCAGAACUUUCUCAGGAGUAAUAUUGCACAAUGCAAUAUAAAAUAAUUGCAAAAUGUUCACCAGCUGUGGUUUGGCUGUUCUCUUACACCGAGGGUCCCAACUGAGGCUCCUUAGAGUCCCACUGUCUCUCAUUUCAUCAGAGACAGAUGGUGAGCUUGUCACCUUGGUAAGCUCAGGGCUCCUUCCAUCAUCAGACAUGCUUUGUGAACAGUUUGUUCAGAUUCAGGGUUCCUGUUGUUCUGUCCUUAGAGUGCAGCCAAUACUACUUCAGUUUCUUCUUUAGGUGGCGGAACAAGCUUCAUAAUUUUCUGCUUCCUCCCCUAAUUGUUCUAGGUAGAGCCUUCUAACCUCUCACACAAGCAGCCCCUUCACUGGUUACAGGCCUCUCACCAUACCCUCAGAAGCUUCUUCCAUUUCCUUCUCCUCCUCCCUGCUUCUCUCCUCUGCAUCAGCACUCCUCCUCCCUGCUUCUCCUCCUCUGCAUCAGCACUGUCCGCUAAGUCCACUAACCCAGCACAUGCAGCUAAGGGAGAUUAUUCCCACCUGACUACAAUUUUUGACUCUUCAUUAUAUAAUAACUAAAAUAAUUUAUUUCUUGUACCCUCCUAUCUGACUGGGUUGCCCCAGGCACUCUGGGCAACUUUCAACAGAAUUUAAAAGAACACAACAAAACAUCAGACAUUAAAAUAUGAGUCUCAGCAGUUCUUUCUACCUUAGCCUUGGAACUGACCACUCCUUUGGUAGCUGUAGGCGACAGGGAAAUGCAUGCAGGCUAGCCCAUGGAAUUACAGGCUGGCAGACGAUGGGCAGAAUGCGCUAUUCCUCCCUCUUCCCAGCCAGGCUACCAGGGGAGAGAAGUAGUGUAGAAAUGCAGCAAGCUCAUGGUUCCUCCUCUGCCAUCAGCUAGUAAAACUUCGCAGACUUUUUGGUUUGGGUGAGGAAGGUGUAUGCUUAUUUGCAAGACUGCUGUGCCUUCUGCAGCAUCUUUCCAGUGAGCGGAAGAGGCUGCAGUGGAAAGUCCCAAUGUGUAUGAUGGGCUCUCUGGAUUCCUAGGACAAUGAUUUGUCAAAGAAGACUUCUGUAUCCCCUUUUCCAUACUAGUAAAAACUAGUGUUCAAUGCAGAGUAAGGUUAUGGGAAAGCAUUUAGGCUAUCCUACAUUGCAGAAUUGUGAGUGUUUUCCUGAGAAGAGAUUUCUUCAUUUUUAUUUUUUGUUCUAGACAGAGUGCAUAUUUCUCUUUUACUGCCUAUUUUUAUUUUUAAAGAUUACAGACAGCCCAGUUGUGGGAGCUCUUCGUCCCAAGAAUGCUCAGCUUGACUGUUCUAGACUACAGAUGUUGGGCAUUGGACAGCACACUCCAUUUCGUGUUGGGAUCAAAGAAUCACUCUGGCCAUUCCUUACCGACAAGAAGUGGAGACAGACGGUCUUCCAUUAGUUGGAAAUAUUUUAGAGCAUGUAUGGUAUGAGGCACUUUUUAAAAGGGGGGGGGGGGAGAAUGGUUUUGUAUUGAGUGUUCUAUGUUACAAGUUUAAUUCAAUCAGGUAAAAAUAUGGUCUUGCACUAGUGAACUUAUAAGAGGUGUUGGCAAAAAAGAACCUUGUUCGAAGUGAUUGCUAUUUCUUUCUGUUCCGUCACUGGUUUCUUUAAAUAUUUAGCAACCUCUGAGUACUACAACCAUCAGUAAUGGUUGAGAUGAGAUCCGGUUUCCUGAAAUACACUGUUGUUUUAUGUGUCUUCGAUUUCAAAAGAGUAUCUCUCUUAACAUUAUUUCCCUAUUUGCCAAAAUAAUUAAAAUAAAGCACUGGAUUUUGGCAUUUCAUUUUUAAAAAAAAGCUAUUCUGAUGUGAUUGAAAUGGAAGUGAGAAGUUUGGAGUUUGCUUUAGCUGUGAUCAAAAUAUUCUAAAGUAAUGCUUUAUUUUUGCAAUUAAUGUGCAGCUUUAAUGCUUGAAAGAUGUUCUGUAUUUUGAAAUCCAACUGCCUUCUUACAUUUGUACAAAAUAGUUCAUAUAUCUUUCUGUCACAUGCGCGCUGUUAAUGAGCACACUGGUUCAUAGUGGGUGUCGGAGGCACAAAAUACAAACAUUGCUGUCUUUUCUUUAUUGGUGUUUCUGAGAACCCCAUAGAACCCAGAAAAUUAUUAGAUGUUCUCAUUAAACAACCAGUUUACACAUUGUAUCAGAAUUGUCAUUGUUUCAGUUGGACCAAAAGAGCUAUACCAAUAGAACUAUCCCUGGUUGUUCUUUCCUCAUUGCAUACAUGCAGAUAAGAUGGCUGCAUUAAGUAUUUGUACUAGCCUAUUUCUGAAGAGAAAAUUCUAUGCUUACAGUGAGAAAGUUCAAAACUAUUAAUGCUGUUCAGCAUGAAUGUCUAGCUUAAAUGGCAAAGUGACUUUUGUGUAAAUUUUGUGUUCUUACUUCAAUAGAGUGUUAGGGUGUACGUAUUGAAACCAGGCUUUUUACUUAAAGCAAGAAAACCUAAGGCAUCUUGUGGCAGGCGUAUCUUUUCUCUCCUCUGCUCUCUCCUCUGUCUCCUGACCAAGGUAAAGCAUCCAACAAAAAACCUUCUAAAGGUGGUGAAACAGCGUCAGUCAGAUUCAUAAAAUAUCUCUAAGCCAUUCAUAUUGUCAUUCCCUUUCCAUAAGGACAUAUCCUGACUUGUUUGUCUUAGUCUGACAGUCUGACAUCUUGAUAUGCACUUGGUAAGUUAUAAAUGCAAAACGACAUUAAAUAUAUAUAACUGGCAUGGU